GCGCUUUAUAAAAACACAUCCAGAAAUAGAUUAUACUUUUGGAGAACACAAAUAUCAGCAUACGGAGGACUGAAAGCUUGGCAGCACUGAACAUUGUAAUUGUAGUUAGUAUUAGUAUACUACGGAUGAAUUCCUGAUGGAGGCUGUUCUGGCAUUGAUCCCUCCAGCAAUGCUCUCCUUUACCGUCUGUCAUGUGACUAAUCAAUGCGUCCUCACCAGUGUACCCUGUUGGCAGCAGGGGGAGGGAAACAAAAGUGAGGAAACUGCCACCGUGAUGGAAAUAGUUGAGAAGGGGAGGGGGGAGACGGCACGCGAAGAGCCUACGAGGAAAAGAGAGCAAGAGUGAAAUGCGAAACUCUUCCCAGAGGCUGUGAUCACAGCAUCCGUACAGACAGAGCCGGACUCGCUCGCUCCUUCAACCCCAGGAUUAGAACCUCCAGGUCGGACAUGGACGGCGCCACAGCCCCCUCCAACACGCUGGUGCUGGUGUUUAAAGAAGAUCACGCACUGACAGAGAUGAUGCGUCUGCGCGUGUCCUCCCUGCAGCGCUUAGGGCAGAAGCGGCAGGAGGGCGAGCGCCUGCUCCUCCCCCACGAGGCCAUUUACCGGCUGGACUUUCCCAACCAGGAGCUGAGCUUCUCCCGCUGGUACUUCUCCCUCGCUGCCCACGGCCGCGUUACCAUCACUGGCAUCUCCCAGCACUGGACCCCCGACCUCACCCACCUGAUGACCCGUCAGCUCCUGGAGCCCAUUGGCACGUUUUGGCGCAGCGCCGAGGACCCGGAGGAUUCUCCGCUCAAGUGGCUGGAGGCAGACAUGCAGGAGUUCGGGGAAAGGAUCGCCGAGCUGGCCAAGGUCCGGAAGGUCAUGUACUUCCUGCUCGCUUUCAAGGAUGGCGCCGAGGCCGCCAACCUCAGCUGCUCGGUGGAGUUCACUCUCGACGAAUGACCCCUCACUGUUUGUCAGUAGAAUCUUUUUAGUGCAAUAUUUUUGUUUAAUCUUUUACCUUUAGAAAAGAACAAUUGAAGCUGAAAUAAAAAAAAAAACUUUGGAUCUCCUUAAAUCAAAGAAACAUUUUCUCUAAAAGUCAUUUGCCCAUCUCUUAAAGUGAAAUGUUAUAGUAAAACGAUGCUUUGUGAACAAUUUGUUUAAUAAGGUUACCUUCCAUUCUAAAAUGUUUGCACAAAGAGCAAAUGUUUAACAGCAUCUCAAUAGCCUAAAGUUUAGAGAAGCAGUUAAGAAGCGCUAAAGAAAGUAUUCCUCACAAAACCAAUCACAAAUAUAUAGGAAAAACAAACAAAUGCGAGAUACCUAUUUGCCUUUAUUUCAUUUAAAUGGAACUAAUCCUGUUUGCUUAUUGGUGUUACUUAUUUAUUUUAACUUACUUAAAAGAUAAAUGUACAAUAAACCUCAUCAAUUAAUAACAAAUAAAGAUCUUAUUUUUGUCAUUCACACAGAAAUGUGAGUGAGUUCAUAAAUUAUCAGAUUAGGUUUAAACUUCAUAUUCACCGUUAAAUGCCAAAAGUUACGGCCAAUACCAUUUCCUCUUCAUGGAAAUACGUUUUUAUCCUAAACUAGUAAACCUCAUUGUUGCGCUAACAUUAGCUGGACACAAGAUGAGACUAAUAUGACAUUAGAAGAGUUUUUGAGGGGACGGCCUCACCCAAACAGGCGGAAAGGGAUUCGUGAUUCAUUUGGCUCCAAACUAAACUUCCUUUUGUAAAUAAAACACUCAUUCACUGAUCAGCGCGAUAUUGUGAAAAUUGUGUAGUUGUCCGCUAUCUUUGUUCCAUCUAACGAAGCAGCAGCAAAUGGCAUACAACAUUCACACAAAUCAAUGGAGUCACAUCCAUUAAAGAUCGACUGAAAGCUG